AGCUUUCUCAAGUCAAGCAUGCUCCGCAAAUUGCUUUCUUGGCCAUGGUUCUCCAUGCGGGGAGCUUAUUCGACUAAGCCUUUUGUGGCAUUUUGCGACUUCAUCAGGUCCGCGCAUGGUGCAAUCGAGCACAUGGAAGACUGGCCGAGGUCGCCUUAGCCAAGAAUGAGGCUUCUGUCGUUACGUGGACGCGAUGGUAGAGGAAUCUUGGACGCGACCAUAUAUCUAGCACAAUACUUGCACGUUGGUUAUUGUUCGAUCUAACCAGACAAGACACUCAUCCACUCGCCUAAGGACAUUCGCUCAGCCCCUGCCCUCAACAUCACCUUCACUUAACCACAUCAGACACCAUGAAGUUCACCGCAGCAAUCUUCGCCGUUGGCGCUCUCGCCGCUGUCCGCCGCCAGGCUGGUGGUCUUUCGGAGAACAUCCAGGCUAUCACCACUGCCACCAACUCCGUCACCACCGCUCUUGAGGCUUACACUGGUGACAUCCAGCAAGCUCUGGCCGUGAACGGCGCUACUGGCGAGGUCUUGACUGCCAUCCAGGCCGCACAGACCACUGUCGAUGGCACUCAAGCAAUUGACGGCGACACUGCCCUCUCCCUCGUCGGCCCAAUCGGCGAUCUCAACACCGCUGUUGAGUCCUCCAUCAGCGCCCUGAUUGAGAAGCAGCCAAUCUUCGCCGAGAACGGCCUCACCGAAGCCGUCCUCACUUCCCUCCGCACUCAACAGGAGGCCAGCACAGCCCUCACCGACGCCAUCGUCAGCAAGCUCCCAGAGGGUCUCCAAGAUGCCGGUCGCCAGGCUUCUCAGGCUGCUGCCGACGCCCUCGCACGCGGUAUCGCCGCCUACGAGGGUGGUGCUACUGGCGGUGAUGACAAUGAUGACGACGCUACUACCACUGCCGCUGCCACCACUGCUGCUGCCACUGGCACUGUCACCACCCAGGCUGUCGUCUACCCAACUGCUCCAUCUGGCAACAACGCCACUGCUACUUCUUCCAUGCCAAUGCAGUACACCGGUGCCGCUGCCCACCAAGUCGUCGGCCUCGGUGCUUUGGCCAUGGCUGCUCUUGUCGCUGCUUUGUAAGCAUAUGACUUGGGAGUGUUGACGAGAGAGACGGAAGAUGUAAUGUGAACAUGAGAGACACAAAAGUCUUGUUCGGAUAUGAGCAAUGAUAUCAAUGAGCUGCUGCUGCGAGGGUGCUGAGCACCGUUCGUGAGCUAAUG